AUGUCUCCUGCGGAUAAACGGUGGCUAGCUUUUAUCUCGUUCCUUUUUAUCAGCUUGUUCUUUUUCGUCCUCACUUGCAUCCCGACAUACCUGUACAUACUGUUAUUUUUUGUUGGAUCUUGUGCUGUUUGUUACUACAAGGCCGAAGAGCUUCAGCUUCUGGACUGGUCGGGCCUGAAUCCUCGGUGUGGCCUGAAGGCUCUGCCGGCACUGCGGAGCUGGUUGGCGGCGAGGACCGGCAGAGUAGUCCCGGCGGCCGGUCGGAAUAAGAACAACAACAGGACGUUCAAAAGCAACGCUCGGAGUUUUGUAGCUUCUCCGGCUGAUAGACAUUUUACUUCGUUUGCGUACCGAAGAGACGCGGCGUUUAACGAGUCUGCUUUCAGUCCGCGGGACAUCCUGAUGGGGAGCUACCUGGGUAAAGCGGAGAGUCCGGCCGGCGCGGUGCGGCCCGCCGGUACCUCCGGGACCCACCGCGACCAGCUCCGGGAGAGACUCAGCCGGCCGAACCACGGAGCUCCAACCCCGAGCAGGAGGCUGUCCUUCGGGGAGCAGUUCGGAGCUGCAGGGAGGGUGACCAUCACGCCUCAGAGACAUUACCCACUGCAGCAGACAGGAACCUCAUCAGUGGGCGUUUUUCCUCCAGCCCAGUGGGACGGGUUCCGCAAGAAGAACGUUCUCACACAGCGCAACACGCCAGUGCACAGUCCUGUCACGGUGAAGAUCGCCAGACCGGAUAACACAACCCGCUUAUCAUUUUUGGAGCAGCUGAACUCGCCCGGAGCGCUCCGGUCACCCGGGUUCGAAGCCCAAGCCGACCCCUGCUCCAGAGAGACCGUCCUGAGCGUGCUCAGAGCGAGCCGUAAACGUGACGUCGAUGACGAAGACCGAGGCCACGAGGCUGAGCAGAAAAGCAAAAGGAGGCGGAACGACAGCGGUGGGAGUUCUCAUUCAGCCUUUGAGCCACUGCUAGCGAACGGUGCUCCAGCACAGCUUGUCCCAAAGCCUGGAAGCUUAAAGAGAGGGAUCAACGCCUCCGUGGUGGAGGAGUCCUCCUCGUUAAAGAGGUCUCGAACCUCCUCCAUAAGCUCAGUUGGCGGAAGCCCGGUCGCCUGCGGCGUGCCUGGAUCAGUCCGGAACCCCAUUCGUAGCUCUUACAGCUCAUCUCUAGGAUACCCUCAGAGAAAAGUAGCAUCUAGUCUGGCUAUGUCUCCUCUCGUGAGCCCCGGAUCGUCACGAUGCCAGACCCCCGACAGGGCGGCCAAAAAGCCCAGGGAGGAGAACGCCUCGCCGGCCGUUUCCUCACUAAAAUGUGAUAAAGAAACCACUGAUACAGGUCCUGGAGUAGUAGAACGCUCGUCGACGCCCGAGGUCCCGGUUACGCCGAGGUCAGACUCCGGAGGAAGCAGCGGCAAACGGAAACGCAAGAUCCAGUUGGUAUCUGUGAACAGAGGAGAUCAGAUAUCGCUGCCUCCGCCCCCUGAACUGGGUUACACUAUUACUGUGAAGGACCUGGACAUGGAGAAAAAAGCUGCUCUCAGCCAAAUUCAGAAAGUCCUGAAGGAACCUGAGCCGGAGAAGCCCAGUUCCACCUCUGCACCGAAUCCGACCCCUGCUCCCUGUUUAGACAUCUUUUCCAAACUAGCCUCAUCGUCCUUACCCUCAUCCGCCCCUGCGCUCAGCUCCCCAUCGCUGGCGUCUCUAGCCACGUCAUCUGCCGGACCUCCGAGCACCUCCGGCGCGGCGUCCACUGCAGCUUCAGCGCCCACGAUCGACCUCACCGUCACCCCCUCCAGCAUGAGCGGUCCCGCAUUGGUUCCAACGGCGAUGCUCCCUACACUCGUCACCAGCAUCACUACAGUCACCGCGGCCCCCAAACUGACGAAUCCACUACUGGAGUCCCUGAAGGACAUGAAGAGAAUAUCGGCACUGAGUUCUCCUCCCACGACGGCUGCUGCUACCUCCACAGCUCCUGAAACGUCUGUGGCGGCGCCUCCCGCCAGCGUCACCUCCGUCUCUCUGAGCAUCGGCGCCGUGAAGUCUGAGCCAGCGCUCUCCUCCGCGCCCUCCGCCUUCGCCCCGGUUCUGUCCAAGCCUCUGUCGUCGACGCCUAGCGCGUUGGCCUUCGGAGGGGGCGGCGUCUUGGGCCCUGCUUCUACCGCGCCCGCGUCCUCUGCGCCCGCUCCUUCUGCCGCCUCGACGCUCACUCUCGGCGGUACAGCCGGUCUGAAACCGGCAGAAUCCGGGUUCAAGCCUAUUUUCGGGGCGGGAAGUCCAGCACUGGUGUCCACGGCAGAGGUCAAACCUACUCAACCCACUUUCAAACCCAUGUUCGACGGUGCGUUCGGACAGCCGGCGACAUCCACGUCCGCUAGUGCGUCUGCUUCGCUUUUCGGCGGGAUAACAAACGCUCAAGCGGCGUCUUCGGUUCCCUCGACGACGUCCGGUACCCCCAAUCCCACCCCCUCUCUAUUUGGCACAAUGAAUAACAGCCACAUGGCUUCUUUAGUCCCUUCGUCCACUUCAAAUACCCAGAAUUCCACUCAGUCUCUGUUCGGUGCUCUCGCUAACACCAAGCCAGUCGCUCCCUCUGUCCCUUCGUCCACCUCCAGUACCCCGAAUUUCACUCCAUCCCUGUUUGGCGGACUUACUAAUAGCCAGCCGGUCCUCUCGUCCACCACCAGUACUCAGAAUCCCACCCAGUCCCUGUUUGGUGGACCUAAACCCACCCAGUCUACGCCUGCCUCAAUCCCUUCAUCUAAUCCCAAUUCCCAAAACACCACCGAGUCCCUGUUCGGGGCCUGGAGCGCCCCUAACAGCACCUUUCAGUUCGGAGCUUCUGCAGCUACCACAGCCUCAGCUUCAUCUGGAAUUACCACGAGCGCCACGACCACCAGCAACACCAACACCAGUUUCCAGUUCGGUGCUUUAAAACCAGCGCAGAGCGCCCCGUCUGCGGCGCCCCAGAGCGCGUUUACGUUCGGCCAAAACGCACCCGCUACCCAAUUUACCGGAAUCGGUCUGGCAAACAAUUCAACACCGUCAUCGACGGCCCCGACGACUCAGGCCGCGUUCGGAACCUCGGCGUUCAGCGCCCCGAAACCCUUCGGCAACGCCCAGCCGUCCACCCCAGCCAAGACUUUUGGGUUUAACGCAGGCGCAGGAGGGAGCGCGCCAUCGUUCGGGGCGCCCGCCAGCACCGCCGCGCCGACCUUCGCCAACUCGACGCAGCCCACCUUCGGAGGACCCUCAUCCGGUUUCAAUUUCGGGAACACCAGCGCUCCGACGAUGAACGCUCCCUCCGGGUCGGCCUUCGCGUUCGGAGCAGCACCGGCCACGCCCCAGAACUCUGCAGCGUCGGGUGGCUUCAAUUUCUCAGCGUCGCUGCCCGGGACGCAGUUCGUAACGCCGGCGGCGCAGCAGCCUCAGGCCGGAUUUUCCUUCGGGGCUGCCGGCACGGAUAAUAAUUCUACUUUCGGAACUUCCACCCCUGCGUUCGGCGGUGCUGGUGGACCCGUCAUGUUCGGCAGCCCCAGUACUCCACAAGGAUUCGGAGCCCCUGCCCUCGCCACGCCCUCGGCCUCGUUCUCCAUCGGCGCGGGCUCCAAAACAGGCAGCGCACGGCAGAGACUGCAGGCACGCAGGCAGCACACGAGGAAGAAGUAACACCCACCCCGAGAGACCCGUUCCCUAAUCUCUGUCUGUUGGCACAUGCGACGCCCCUUUUCAUCUUUACAAGCUGCUGCUGCUGACGGAACCUGAUCCGACUUCUGGACUGGAGUGGACUGGACUGGGCGGCUCUGUAAAAGCUGCUCAGAUGGACGGCUUGGAGAACACUUCGGUACCGUACGCGGUCUGCGAGGGGGGUACACAGGGGCGCAACUCGAAAUAAGUGAAUAAUGAGACGAUUCAAAUCCUGGACGUGAAAGUGAAUCUGCUCUGAUUCUGGUCGUUUGCUUUUCAGGGGUUUUGUGCAGAUUUAUUUUUGUUUUUGUUUGUUUUUCCUUUUUAAACGUGGUCGUAUUUGCAUUACAUUAAAUGCAUCGAAGCCCUUUUUAAUUUUAAUUCAUUUGAGAUCAGUACCUGCGAGAAUAUAUGAUUUUUAUUCUUUGGAUGACUGAGCAUGAAUCUUGCUCGGGCUGCCUACCGAUUAAAUAAUAAAUAUUAUAUAUUUUAGUUCCACAUGUUCAUGGUUUCAGUGCGUUGAAUUGCAAAAUAAAGUUAUUUGUAUUUUCUGUUGCUUUUAUGGCACAUUCCUUUAAAUAAUGAAUGUUUGUGUGUUUGUUUAUCGCUGACACAUGAGCCUGAUCGUUCAGAUCUCUGGAUUUUACCCCAGACUGUGUGCUUUUAUUUUUCACCUGAACAAAAGGGAACGUUUGACAGUUUGAAUAUUUAUACGUGAUACGUUAUUCAUUUUAUACAGUUUUUCUGAAGAGUGUAAAUAAAUGUGUGAUUAUUGAUGGAUGGAGAGUCGAGCUGAUGUGUGUGUGUGUGAUUUGAAAAUCUGAUUCCAGAAGCCUCAGAUUUUGUUUUGGAUUAAUACAGAUUAUUAUUAUUAUUAUUACAGAAAUCGGACUAAGAUACGGUCCAGAUUUUGAAAUUUAGUACCAGUUAUCUUUGGUUUGCCAGCAUGCAUCACAGAUUCACUCCUGGGCAAGAAAAACAACAAAUCCUAACAACUAAUCAUUAAACUAUAGAUAAAGGAACACUUGAUUUCUUUAAAUGUUGAAGUUUUUGGGGAUAAAAAGGUAUUUUGUCCACUUAAACUGAUGAAACACAUGCUGAGCUGGUCUGGGUUUAACGUAACCGAAUAUUCUCUAUAGCAGUGGUCCUCAACUACCGGGCUGUGGGUCAAUUAUUACCGGCUCGCAAAGAAAGAAUAAUUAAUUAGAGAUGCUACAAGAGCAAUUAAAUUUCCAACACACUUCACUUCGGGUGUUUCUGCCUCCAAUCACCACUAGGUGGUGCUCAGGAUUAACACUGAUUUUCCAUUCUAUAGUUAUUCUAUUCUAAACCCCUAUUCAGUUCGUGAAAUUAUAUCUUAUAUGAAACUAGUCUGUGGUGCUAAAAAGGCUUAAAUCUGGACACUGACCAGGUCAUCUGUUGUAAAUACUUAUACUUUUGGGCCUCAGUUUUGCACAGGAGUGUUUGUUUAUCCCUCAUGUUUUUCAGUGCAGAACGUCUUUGUCAUUUUUGGAAUUUGUUUUAAUCCCAAUUUACUCCACUAUGGCUCCCUUAUCACACAAUCGUUCUGUGAGGGUACGGCUAACACGUGCUUCCUUCUGCUUUAAAAACAACUGCUGCUUAUUUCUAAUUUGGCAUCGUUGAGCAGAUCAGCGUGCUUUAAAAAGCGUCCCAACUCUGUACCGGUUUGUGUUGCGUAUGUGUAUUAUUACUGCUUUCGUCUUAAUUUACACCCCAGAGCUGAGUGUGUGUCCAGAAUUAUCAACAAUAAACCCAAAUCAGAAAUGUCA